AAAAAUGUCUAAUUAUUCAAGUAUGUUUCUUUGAAAACAAAUAGUUUUCUCAUUUUUUUUGGUUUUUACAAUGUAAAGAUAAUCUACCUUUUAAUUGUGGUAACCAUAAUCAAGAAACUUUAGUUGUCAAUUAAUAAGUCAAGUGAGAAAUGGAGAAAAGAAAGUGAUAAAACUCAGAUUAAGAUGACUUCAUAAAGUAUAGGGGAGGGACUUCAGGCGAAGCUAGGGAGGUAAAAUUGCAGGAGUCGGUAAGCAAAAAGAGGAGGGAUAAGUAAAUAAAACAUAAAUCAGCCGUGUAGCAGAGGGUUUUUUGAGAUGGAGACUCUGGAAGGAGCUGAGCUCUGCUUUCCACAUCUCCUCAACAAUUCCUGCAGGAAACCCAUGCCACUGCAGUCUGAUGCCAUGCUCAUUUACAUUCUGCUGUCCUUCACCUCUCUUCUUGCUGCAGCUCUCAACCUGCUGGUCAUCAUCUCUAUCUCCCACUUCAGGCAGCUUCACAGCCCCACCAACCUCCUCAUCCUCUCUCUGGCUGUCUCAGACUUCCUUGUGGGCCUUCUGUCGAUGCCAAUUGAAAUCUUUCUCACAGAAGUUUGCUGGCUCCUGGGUGAUCUCAUGUGUGCUCUGUAUUAUGUAGUGGAUUUUAUCAUUACCUCUUCUUCAGUUGGGAAUAUGGUACUCAUAUCGAUUGAUCGUUAUUUGGCUAUUUGUGACCCUCUACAUUACACCACCAGAGUUACUCUGGACAAAACAAAAAUCUGUGUUUGUUUGUGUUGGAUCUGCUCUAUUCUCUAUAACACUCUAAUUUUAAGUGACUUUCUGAGACAACCUGAUUCUCAGAAUUCAUGCUAUGGAGAGUGUGUAGUUGUCCUUAACUAUAUCACAGGAACUGUUGAUUUUUUCUUUACCUUUAUUGGCCCCAUUACAGUCAUCAUAGUUCUGUAUAUGAGAAUAUUUGUGGUGGCUGUGUCUCAGGCUCAAGCCAUGCGGUCCCACAUUGCAUCUGUCCCCCUGCAGCGUUCAGUUCGUGUAACUUAUAAGAAAUCUGAGAUGAAAGCAGCCAUGACUCUCGGUGUGGUAAUAGUUGUGUUUUUAUUAUGUUUCUGUCCAUAUUAUUCACCAUUCCUUGUAGGUGAAUAUAUUGAGGACAGUACUUCAUCCUCAUCUUUUGUCGUCUGGCUGCUGUUUUUUAAUUCCUGUAUAAACCCUGUCAUCUAUGCCUUUUUUUAUUCCUGGUUUAGAAAAUCUGUUAAACUCAUUGUCACACUUCAGAUACUGCAGCCUGACUCUUGUGAUACUAAAAUGCUGUAGAUCCAGAGCAACACCACUGAACCUUUCUGUGAAUAUGGAAAUGUAUUUAUUAUUGAUAUCUAGUCACUCAAGCGAAGUGAAAUUAGUGGCUGAACAAAAGCGUUGUUCUUAUGUGUUUAUGUACUCAAACCUCCAUGAAUCAUAUUCUCUAACACACAAUCAUCUUCACUGUCAUUAUGUUAUCUAAAACUACAACCCAACAGGCUUCUGUAAUUCCUGCUAUUAUUGUUAUUGAUAUCACAACUCAGAGUAAAAUGUCAGUCUUAAGGGCUUCAACAUCCUGAAUUAUGAGAUUAUUAUUAUUCAUUUUGUUAUGAGAUAAUACCUGACCAUUAGUUGUUAUGGAGAGAAUUGAUGUGGAAGGGUAAAAAAACACAUCUGAUCUUCAGUGCAAUUCAAUAAAUAAGACAACUUUUUUAAGAGUUCAGUGUAGAUUAGUUUUUAUUGCUGGAGCAAAGAGGAACAAAACAAAGAAAUUCAUACUUGUGUUACCCUCAGGCAUUGUUUCUUUUCUUUCUCUCAACACACAGCUGUUCCCAUGACGACUUCUGUGUCACAGCAUCACAACAUUUUCUAAUCUCCACAAUGUAACCAGAGUAUUCAUUUCUGUCAUAUUAGAUUAUUUUCCCAAAAAAAUGCUUUAUAAAAGGCAUUCCAAAGAGGCCCACACUAACCUUGAACAGACUCUUUUCAGGGACAGGUACUGUCUUUCUUAAUCUUUCCUGCCACAAAAAUAACUUCAUCAUUCAUUAAUAUUUGACAUUGUUGUAUGUGAGUUUAAUUAUACAUUUUGAUUUAUUAAUAUUAUACAUUGUUGUUUGUGAGUUCAAUAUACCUUUUGAUUACACAAAUUUUGAUUACAUACUAGAAAAAUAUUUCCCAGAGAAUAUAUGAUGUGAUUCCAUAUUUGAUGUGAUACCAUUAUUAUGCCAUGUCCAAUGUAAUUCAACAAAUGAACUGUCAUCAAAUUAAAAAUAUAAUUUGGCUAAUUUUGACGUGGCAUUUUAAUAUCA